GUCUGUGUUACUUCUUUGUAAAUUUUGACAGAGCAUAAAGUAUUAGAGUUCCCCAAGAAGCAUACUUGCUCGAAAUGGAUCAGCAAGGAAAUGGACAACCACCAGGUGUUACUACCUCUACUCCAAUGCUAUAUGGUGCUCCAUACCAUGCUAACCAAGUGGCAGGGCCCUCUCCUCCCAUGUCAGCUGGUGCACAAAUAGUUGGUCUUCCUGCAUCGUCAGGUCAGAUGACACAACAUCAGCUUGCUUAUCAGCACAUCCACCAACAGCAGCAACAACUAUUGCAGCAACAACUACAAAGUUUCUGGGGAAAUCAAUAUCAAGAAAUUGAGCACAUUAAUGAUUUCAAGAAUCAUAGCCUGCCAUUAGCAAGGAUCAAGAAAAUCAUGAAGGUAGAUGAAGAUGUUAGAAUGAUAUCAGCAGAAGCACCGGCUGUAUCUGCUCGGGCUUGUGAGAUGUUUAUCCUUGAGUUGACACUCCGUGCAUGGAACCACACUGAAGAGAAUAAAAGGAGGACACUCCAGAAAAAUGACAUUGCAGCAGCGAUAACAAGGACAGACAUAUUUGAUUUCUUGGUUGACAUUGUACCAAGAGAGGACUUGAAAGAUGAAGUGCUUGCAUCAUCAAUUCCUAGAGGAACCUCCCUGUUGGAGGCCCUCGGCACAAUUAUUAUAUGCCUAUGCAAUCUGCUCCACAAAUUGGAGCUUCAGGGGUGUAUAUGGGGAAGCCUGCUGAUCAAGCUCUUUAUGGCCAGCAUCCCCGUCCUUAUAUGGCUCAGCCAGUCUGGCCCCAGCAAUAGCAACCUCCAUCAGAUUCUUAAGCAUCUGGGGCAUCAGAUUAAUGUUGGACACCAGAUGGUAGUCUAAGAUGCAAGUACUGGACGAUACACUACCAGGAUAGCAGAUUGCAUAUUUGAAUUCACAAUAGGGACAUAUAGAGAACUAGUUCUUCGGUGUUUCCUACAGUAGCUUAAUCAUCAUAUGAUGAGCUCAAUGUAUUGGUAACAAAAUGACCCCCUUCUUAUUUUUGUGUGUUUCCAGAUA